UUAUGGUCAAACGCCCAGUAGCAGAGAGAGAAGCAGCCUGGAAUAGCAGGCCGAGGCCAUGUGAUUCUUCCCGUGCCUAUUUCAGUCCGCGCGCCGUUAAACGAGAAGCAUCUAACUCACUAAACACAGAAGUCGGAAGAAUAGUUAAUGGAUAGCUAACUUAGUCUGAGUACCUCCUUCCUUAUCUCUUUCUUUCUUUGUUCACCUGUCUGUUCAUCGCUUUUCUUCUCUCCUCCCUCGUUCCCAGCUGACAGCCCUUUGGUUUUUCAGUGCGUGUGACCUCUCACCCCUGACCUCGGCCCGUCCCCCCCGCCGCUCGACCUUUGACCCCCCCCCCCUGCGGUCGCCAUGGCGCUGGAGAAGCUGCUGGGCUUCGGGAAGCAGCUGUUGAGGGUGAAGGUGGUCCACUGCAACUCGGAGGACUCGCGCCUGUCGCGAUGCCUCAACACCUUCGACCUGGUGGCGCUGGGCGUGGGCAGCACCCUAGGCGCCGGCGUUUACGUCCUGGCGGGCGCCGUGGCGCGAGAGAAUGCAGGUCCCGCCAUCGUCCUCUCCUUCCUCAUCGCUGCCCUGGCGUCUGUCCUGGCUGGGCUGUGUUAUGCUGAGUUCGGCGCUCGCGUCCCCAAGACGGGCUCGGCCUACCUGUACAGCUACGUGACGGUGGGGGAACUGUGGGCCUUCAUCACCGGCUGGAACCUCAUCCUCUCCUACAUCAUAGGUACUUCCAGUGUAGCCCGGGCGUGGAGCGCCACCUUUGAUGAGUUGAUAGGGAAGCACAUUGAGAACUUCUGCCGAGAGAACAUGGCCAUGAAGGCUCCGGGCAUUCUGGCUGAAUACCCCGACAUGUUCGCCGUGGUCAUCAUCAUCACCCUCACAGGCCUCUUGGCGUUCGGGGUGAAGGAGUCUGCCAUGGUGAACAAGGUGUUCACCUGCAUCAACGUGUUGGUGCUGCUGUUCAUGGUGGUGUCUGGUCUGGUCAAGGGCACGCUGAAGAACUGGCACCUGGACCCAGACCUCAUUCUGCACCCCAACAUCACCAACUCCAGCCUCAACGUGUCAGAGCCCUUGCCCAGUCCGGAGAGUUUAGGAGUGGGCGGGUUCAUGCCCUUCGGAUUCACGGGCGUCCUUUCAGGAGCCGCCACCUGUUUCUAUGCCUUUGUGGGAUUCGACUGCAUAGCCACCACAGGCGAGGAGGUGAAGAACCCCCAGAGGGCCAUCCCCAUAGGCAUCGUGUCGUCGCUGCUCAUCUGCUUCGUGGCGUACUUCGGCGUGUCGGCGGCCCUCACCAUGAUGAUGCCCUACUACAUGCUGGACAAGAACAGCCCCCUGCCCGCCGCCUUCAAGUACGUGGGCUGGGAGGGCGCCACCUACGCCGUGGCCGUGGGCUCGCUGUGCGCCCUGUCCACCAGCCUGCUGGGUGCUAUGUUCCCCAUGCCCCGUGUGAUCUGGGCCAUGGCCGAUGACGGCCUGCUCUUCAAGUACUUGGCCACGAUCAGCACACGUACCAAAACGCCGCUCGCCGCCACUCUCACCUCCGGCAUAGUGGCAGCCAUCAUGGCGUUCCUGUUUGACCUGAAAGACUUGGUGGAUCUCAUGUCUAUAGGCACUCUGCUGGCCUACACCCUGGUGGCUGCCUGUGUGCUAGUUCUCAGGUACCAACCGGAUCAGCCCAGCGCGACCUAUCAGAUGGCCAACACGCAGGAGGAGGUGGAGCUAAGCGAUGGCAUCAGCGCCCCCAGCAUGGGCAUCCUGCCAGGGGUGGAGGAGAGACUGAGCCUGAAGACCAUACUGUUCCCCAGCAACACCGAGCCCUCCGCCCUCUCCGGGUUCACCGUCAACAUCUGUGUCAGCGUCCUGGGGACGCUGGUCCUGGUGUUCAGUGUGCUGGCGGUGCAGGGGGGCAUGGCAGUGUGGAGCAUGGUGGCCCUCACCCUGCUCUUCCUGGUCUGCAUGAUCCUCACCGUCGUCAUCGGGAAGCAGCCCGAGAGCAAGACCAAGCUCUCCUUCAAGGUGCCCCUCCUCCCCAUCCUGCCGGUGGUCAGCAUGUUCGUCAACGUCUACCUGAUGAUGCAGCUGGACCGAGGGACGUGGAUUCGCUUCGCCGUCUGGAUGUCCCUAGGCUUCGUCAUCUACUUCGGCUACGGCAUCCACCACAGCGCCGAGGCCGCCCUGGCCCGCUCCUCGCCCGACACCGAGCUCAACGGCUACAAGCCCAGCCACGCCUGCAACGACGAGUCUUUGUCGCCCGAGAAGGAGGCCUUCCUCCACAGCGGCCUGGAAGCCCAAGGGGAGGACGACGGAGAACUCUAGGACCUGCAGACCCCCCCCGCCCCCCUGCCCCCUCCCCCCGCUCCAACCGCACAACCCCCCCACCCCUCACCUUGACCCCCCAGUCUUGUCUAAACGUUUUGUUGAGCUGCACGAGUGAACCUGAACGCUACACGAAUGCCACGCUCCCUCGGUUCACUGACUCUGAGCGGACAGAGAGCUUGCGUCAGCGCCUGGAAAAAGGCUCUCCUGGCCCUGUGCUCACACGCUGAUUUGGCGUUCCCAGGAGGCCUUUGUGUUAUUUUUGCACCCUCAAAGGAUCCUCGCCCUCCCAUUUCCCCCAUCAGACUUCAGAGACAUGACAUGCAUGCAGUAGGUGAAGCUGUGGAGAAACUGAGAGCCACGGGCGGCCAUUUUGGCUCCCAGCCGUUGCGUCGCAUUGCCUUUUUUGGAUAUUAACUGUCUAACUAAAAGCUAACAUUUGUUUUUUUUUCUCUAAAAUUUGAAACCCAAAUAUACAUUUGAUUUUCUCUGGUUCUUUGUUUUGCCGUUCGUCUGAAAAUAACAAUAGAUAACAAAUUGUGUCACCUUGCGAUGUCUGUGCGGGUGUUUAUGGACCUGUAUGGGUUGAGCACAUGGCUUGUAAAAAAACUCUUUGCCACAGAGAUGUGCUAUCUCUCGUUCACCAUCAGAUGGCGUUAUAACAUCUCAGGCAAGAACCAAUUAGAUAUUCAUCUAAUCUGAAAAAACUACUGUUGGAAGUUUGCCUAUGAAUAACAGAAGUGCAUAUGGAUGCAGUAGUGUUAUAACACUUGUAGAAAAGAAAUUAGUAUUAAUUUCAAUGUGAAUAUAAAUACCUGAUUAGGGGAUAUAUCAAUGCAUUACUAUAGGGGUGUAUUGAUACCUAACUGGUAUGCAGGCCUACUGAUACAGUUUUUGUGUGUAUUGAAACCUAAGUGGGUUCAAUUGAUAUAAGAUCAGGUUGUAUUGAUCCAGUGCCUUAGAGGUGAGGAGGCAGUUGUGGUUCAACACAGUGUUGGACCUGGGCAGGUUGUGUUCCUCCAGAUCCUCUAGAUCGUCACAGUGCUGGCUGCUGUGUCCUGACGCGCCCUCGCAAGUGGAGGUGACGCCCGCGUGCCUCGCUGUCACCGCUACCACUGCUGCUAACCAGGAGGAGCGUGAAUCGAAUAGGCCUAGUGGAGGGUUUUUGUUAUUUGAUGUUUUCAACAACCACAAAAAAAGAUGGUGGAUGGUCUGGGUUUUGUUUGUGCUUUGGUGUAACCCUAACUACGGACUAACUUUACUCUUUAGACUGAUUUUUAGCGGUAGCUUAGUUGGUGACCACUGCACUAAACAUCUGGGUUUUUUGUUUGUUUGUUUGUUUGUUUUUGUACCCUGGAGGUAGCUGGAAGGUGUUUUGCGACAUCACACACAGAUAGAGAUGUGUGCAGCCAUUUCUGAGCCUAUAGUAACCAAUGCAAUUAUAUAAACUAAAGAAAUAUAUGCAAAUAUAAACCAAUGGUGAAUAAUGUUUCAUAGUUUUAAAAUGGGUGUAGUUUGUAUAGCCUAAAUAAAAUACCUUAUUAAAAA